AUGCGUAUUCUUAUUACGGGCGCCGCGGGGUUCGUUGGCCAAAUUCUUGCCAAAGAGCUUCUGAAUGAUCCAAAUCACACCCUCAUUCUCACUGAUAUCACCGAGCCGCCUAUUCCUCGCGGGUCAAAACACCCUCAAAAUGCAAAAUCAAUAAAGGCAGAUCUUUUUGAGGAUUCCGCCAGUGUGGUCGACAAGUCUCUCGACGCUGUCUACAUUUUCCACGGAAUCAUGUCUUCUGGCGCAGAGUCAAACUUCGAACUAGGAAUGCGAGUUAAUGUCGACGCCACCCGCCAUCUACUAGAUAGCCUUAGGAAGACUUGUCCCGGUGUCCGCGUUAUCUAUGCGUCGAGCCAAGCAGUUUAUGGCCUCCCACUCCCAACACCAGUAACCGAAGCCAUUCUACCAUUGCCAUCCACUUCUUAUGGGUGUCAGAAGAUCAUCUGCGAAAAUUUGAUCAACGACUACACCCGUCGGGGCUUUAUCAAUGGCUUCUCUUUACGCUUUCCUACCAUCUCUGUUCGCCCCGGAACGCCAACCGCGGCGGCGUCUUCUUUCAUUUCUGGCAUCAUCCGAGAGCCAUUAAAUGGAGAAGAGUGCAUCGUACCUAUCAAAGACCGCGCUUGGAGACAUUGGAUGUCUUCACCAAAGACCCUAAUAUAUAACCUUUGCGUCGUUCUCCAAUUACCACGUGGCUCACUCCCCCUUCACGGGAGGCAGGUGAACGUCCCUGGGUUCGCAGUUACGGUGCAGGAUAUGAUGGAUGCUUUGGCAGAGGUUGGUGGAAAGGAUAAGCUCCAGCUUCUGAGAGAGGAGGAUGAUGAGCUCGUGAAGCCAAUUUUAUACUCAUGGCCCGAUGAGUUUGAUAACACUCUGGGUCUCAAGUUGGGAAUGAAGCAGGAUAAGUCUUUCGUCCAGUCUGUGCUUGAUUACAAGGAGACUCUUGAGGAAUCAAAAAGGAGUGUAAAUGGAACUUCAUCACUGCCAUUGACGAAUGGGAGUAAAGUUAACGGUGUGAAUGGCGUGAAUGGUGUUGUACCAGUAGAUGGGCCCAAGGCUAUAAAAGUCUAG